CAGAGCCCCAUCGACACACGACACAACCACAUCUCUCACGAACGCUCUUGAAAGGUGCGCAGCCUCAGGAGAGCUCUACACCAGAAAAACAAGAUGGUCCCCCGAAUACAAUUGCCGUCGGCGCUUCGGCAAUGCCAAUUCCAUCUCUCAGCUCAACGAGCUGAGCUCUCGACAACGUCGCCAGUAGCAGCAUUGCGCAACCUCCGCGACCCAAGUAGCCGCGUCCUCAACCUCGACGACUCUGGCCCCGCGCCACGCCGCACCGGCACCGGCAGCGGCAGCGGCAGCAGCCCGACGGACGCGCUUCGCGACAUUUACAAGGACGGCGACAAGUACCGGCGGACGGCUGCGCGGCGGCGGACCGAGAUCGCCGAGACGCUGCGCCACAAGACCAUCAGCGACCAGUUCCUGCGCCAGAUGCCGCGCCAGUGGCGGGCCGGCGACGUCUACGCGCCCCACGACCUCAGCCCCUUCGAGAUGAAGAAGUGGCGCCGCCAGGGGAGCCCCAAGAAGGACGUGCUGGACAUGCUGGGCGUCAACCCGCUGGACAUGUAUCGGAACUUCUCCAUCGUCUCAGAGUAUAUGACGCCCUUUGGCCGGAUCAAGCACAGCAACGAAACAGGAUUGCGGCCGGUGAACCAGCGGAAAAUGGCCCGCACCAUCAGGAGAGCGAUCGGGCUGGGCCUGCACCCCAGCGUGCAUAGGCAUCCCAUGAUCCUACUCAAGAACUCCUACAACAUGCCAGAACAGACGCGGUCGUCCAAGUCGAGAUUUUGAAAAGAGCUGACUCGGUCGGUCAUGUAAUGUCAUUUUAGACAUGCUAUUUGUACAAUAUGCUGCCCUCUCCGAGUAUUGUACAGUAUAAGUCCAGGCACACAAGCCUAUAUAGAUUCUUUAUACAGAUCAGAUCAGGCUAAGCCUUGAUGUCUCGCACAAGGUUAAACUUGUAUAGGCC